UUUUUUACAGUUGAGUCUAACAGGAUAAGUUUGUUUAUAAUUUUAGAGACAUCAUACUGUAAUUCCCAUGAAUUGACUCAAGCGAGCCGUCAAAAAAUAAACAUGUAUUUUCUGCCUUCAUUAUUCCUAGGGAUGAAAGAGAGAGUUUGAAAUGGAAGUAUCUAACCAGUCUUCUGUGACAGAAUUUGUCUUGCUCGGCCUCUCUGCCCAUCCAAAACUAGAGAAAACGUUCUCUGUGCUUAUCCUGCUGACGUACCUGGUGAUCCUGCUGGGCAACGGGGUCCUCAUUCUGGUGACUGUGUCCGACUCCUGCCUGCACACGCCCAUGUACUUCUUCAUUGGGAACCUCUCCUUCCUGGACAUCUGCUACACAACUUCUUCAGUCCCUCUGGUCCUGGACGGUUUCCUCACUCCCAGGAAAACCAUCUCCUUCUCAGGCUGUGCAGUGCAGAUGUUCCUCUCCUUUGCCAUAGGACCCACAGAGUGUGUUCUCCUGGGCAUGAUGGCAUUUGAUCACUACAUGGCCAUCUGCAACCCCCUUAGGUACCCAGUAGUCAUGAGCAAGGCUGCCUAUGUGCCCAUGGCUGCCAGCUCCUGGGUGGCUGGUGGAGCCAACUCCUUGGUGCAGAUCUCUCUUGCAGUACAGUUACCCUUCUGUGGGGACAAUGUCAUCAACCAUUUCAUCUGUGAGAUCCUGGCAGUUUUAAAGUUGGCUUGUGCUGACAUCUCCAUCAAUGUGAUCAGCAUGGGGGUGGCCAACGUGAUCUUCCUGGGGGUCCCAGUCCUGUUCAUCUUUGUCUCCUACAUCUUCAUACUCACCACUAUUUUAAAGAUUCCCUCAGCUGAGGGGAGGAAAAAGGCUUUCUCCACCUGCUCUGCCCACGUUACUGUGGUGAUUAUCUUCUAUGGAACCAUCCUCUCAAUGUAUGGGAAGCCCAAAUCCAAGGAUUCCCUAGGGGCAGACACAGACCUUUCAGACAAACUCAUCUCCCUCUUCUAUGGACUUUUGACUCCCAUGCUGAACCCCAUCAUUUAUAGUCUGAGCAACAAGGAUGUUAAGACUGCUGUGAGAAGCCUGGUGGCUCAGAAAUGCUUGACUCAGUGAUGAGUUAUAUCCCAUGAUCCAUGCACUCUGAUGGCUCUCACUUGAGAAUCUCAAUUCCAAGCAAAGCUAGGUGAGGGGCAAGCUCAGUUUAGAGCCAUGCUACUCACAAUGUGGUCCAUGGAUCAGCAGUAUCAGCAUCACCUGGAAGCUUAUGAGAUGUACAGAGUCUUGGGACCCAUUGCAGAACUCCUGAAUUGAAAUUUGCAUUUUAACAAGUUCCCCCAGGUGAUUUGUACGGAUGUUAAACUUUGAGAAGUAUCGGUUAAGGGUCUGUAGUGGAUGCUGUGGUGUGCUGCCCGGAUUCCUGUUCACUCCACCUAGCACUGAAGCACUCAUGAGCCCUGUGAGUACUGAUGGUCAACAGCAUUCAAUGGAGUCUCUCUGCAGGGUUGCCUUUGACUAAAGAGUACUACCUCACCCAAAGUCACAUGCCCUUCUCAAGGUCAACUCAUACACAAUGAUAUCAAUGUCAGUAUAAAGACCCAGUCCUCCUUGCCUCAAUGGGGUUAUCUCUAAAGGGUCAUCCCAGCUGGAGAGCUUUCCCAUGGUAGUUCCAGCUCUCCCUCUGCCUAUCCCUGCUUCUUCUAUCUGCUCACAUCCUGUACAGGUGUCGAUCUUUUAAAAUUUUUAUUUAUUUUAAUUUUUAUGAGU